UUCUUUGCUCGAAUGUUUCUUGCUUGAUUAUUUCUCAGUUAAUUAUGAUCAACUUCAUGCUUCGAAUAAUUCCAAUAGUAUACCUUCUCCAUUUCCUACUACUCCUUCGUCUGCUAUUGAUGUUGAUCCAUUUCAAACAGUCGAUCCAUUUGCUUCUCAAUCUGAUAUAGGUUCACCUACAGCAAUCAUAACAAAUAAUGAUUGGUUUCAAUCAACAAAUAAUGGUACGACAACAAAUGAUCCAUUUCUUUCUAAAACAGAAAAUACACCAAAAAAUGAUAAAUUUACACCAAAAUCAAAUGUUAAACAAAUACCAGCAGUUGAUCCAUGGGGUACAUCAACAAGUACAAAUAAUGGAAAUAGUUGGGCAGCAUUUAAUAAUACAAGUUCACCAUUUGGUACAACUAAUGACUGGCCACAAGCCCCAACAAAUGGAAAUUCAUCAUCUGAUACAGUUCAAUAUCGAGCAUUAUAUGAUUAUGUACCUGAACGUCCAGAUGAAAUAGCAAUAACUGCUGGAAAUAUCAUAACAGUUGAUCCAACACAACAACAAGAUGAAAAUUGGUUAUUUGGAAAAAUUGGAAAUAAUAAACAAGGAUUUUUUCCAACUGCAUAUGCUGAACGUAUUCCAUCAACACCAACAUCUACUAAUGGAAAUAGUAUUGAUACAACUUCACUAUUAACAUCGGGAUCAUGGGUGAUGACAUUAGCAGAUUAUCAAGGAAAAACAGUCGAUAAACAUUUAUCAUUUCAAAAAGGUGAACUUAUUCUUGUACGUGAACAAAAAGAUACAACUUGGUAUAGUGGACAACUUCGCGGAAAAAUUGGAUGGUUUCCAAGAAAUUAUGUACGACCAGCAAGUGAAAUAGAAAUACAAAAUAAUAAAAAUACAACGAAAAAUACAUCUUCAAGUCCAGUUUCAUUGAAUUCACCAGCUUCAUCUAAUGGUACUUUCUCCAAUGACAAUAGCAUCGCAUUACGUCAAGCACCAACUGCACCAACAAUACCUGAUGUUUAUAUAUCAAUUUAUCCAUAUGAAGCAACUGAUCCAGCUGAUUUAUCAUUUAAUAUUAAUGAACGUAUUAUUGUAUUAAAACGUGAAGGUGAAUGGUGGACAGGAAAAAUUGG